AUGGCUCCUGAGGCUGCGCUUCGCUUCAUCAAGAGGCCAGAUUGGGAGCUUAAAUGUCAUUCGAUGAUCCGCUGCACCCAGGCUGCCUCUCUAUUUGGCGUCUUCGUGGCCGCGCCAUUGGUCUCUCUUAUUAUGCGUAUAACGCCUUUGCUGCCCUCCCGGGUGUUUUCGUCGGAUGGCAUGCACCAAGUCUCUAUGGGGAUGGCAGUGAGCUUUCAUUAUAUGACAAGUGCUAUCGGUUGCGCACUAACAAGGCCCAGGCAAGUCCAGCUUGUUGUAGAACUCACCUUAUGGGCAUUCUACACCAUUUCUUGA